AAGAUGGCAGUUGCUCGUGCAGCCGGAGUUUUUUCCAAGUUUGCAACCAGAAAAUAUCCUUUACUGUCAGGUCAGGCCAGCCGAGGCCUCUCAGUGUCGUCAUCAUUAGCAGCUCGAACACACGUCAGCUAUGAGCUCAAGGACGAUGUGGCAGUUAUACGACUCAAUGAUCCAAAAGCCAAAGUGAACACACUGUCGGUGCAGUUAAAGAGUGAGCUGAUAGAGGUGAUGGGGGAGAUCUGGUCGAACAGUGCAGUGAAAAGUGCCGUCUUGAUCUCCAGCAAGCCUGGCUGCUUCAUCGCAGGAGCAGAUAUCAAUAUGAUCCAGUCCUGUAAGAGCAGUGAGGAAGUCACCCGUCUCUCUCAGGAAGGUCAGAAGAUGCUUGAGAAGAUUGAGAAGUCUCCUAUCCCUAUUGUUGCUGCCAUCAAUGGCUCCUGCCUAGGUGGAGGCCUCGAGUUUGCAAUAGCCUGCCAGUAUCGAAUCGCUACAAAAAGCAAAAACACGAUCCUGGGGACACCAGAGGUCAAGCUGGGACUGCUGCCUGGAGCAGGUGGCACUCAGAGAUUGCCUAAAAUGGUGGGUCUCCCUGACGCAUUGGACAUGAUGCUGACAGGCAGGAACAUCAAGGCAGAUAAAGCCAAAAAGAUGGGUCUCGUUCACCAGCUUGUGGACCCUGUGGGUCCGGGUACGAAGCCUGCAGAGGAGAGCACUAUUGCAUACCUUGAGGAAGUUGCAGUGGGUGUAGCCAAAGGAAUCGCCAACAAGAAAAUUCCUCUCACAAAGGAGAAGAGCCUCAUGCAGAAGCUUCAGGACACAGCGAUGGGCCUGGGUCCAGUAAGGAAGAAGAUUUUUAAAACUGUCAGUGAGAAGGUCCAGAAAGAGACUAGAGGGGCCUACCCUGCUCCUGGAAAAAUCAUUGAGUGUGUCAAGACUGGAGUGGAGCAGGGCAGAGAGGCAGGUUAUCUGGCCGAAGCUCAGAACUUUGGGAAGCUGGCAGUGACCUCAGAGUGCAAAGCUCUGACUGGCCUGUACCAUGGCCAGGUGACUUGCAGGAGGAACAAAGUUGGGACCUCGGAGAAGGAAGUAAAGAGGCUGGCGGUCCUGGGUGCAGGAAUGAUGGGUACUGGCAUAGCCCAGGUGUCAAUCGAUAAAGGCGUGACUACCGUCCUGAUGGACAACAAAGAGGAGAAUAUCAGCAAGGCACAUGACAAGUGCUACGACAGUUUCAACGCAAAAGUGAAGAGGAGAACCUUAACGUCAUUUGAGCGUGACGCCAAGAUGUCAAAUCUCUCAGUCCAGCUCGACUACGCUGGUUUCCAGAAUGCUGACAUGGUGGUGGAGGCCGUGUUCGAGAAGCUCGACGUGAAACGCAAAAUCCUAAAGGAGGUGGAAGAGGUGAUCUCUCCCGACUGCAUUGUUGCCACCAACACCUCGACUCUGCUCGUCAAGGAUAUCGCAGCUGUCAGCAAACGCCCUGAAAAGGUGAUUGGCAUGCACUAUUUCUCCCCGGUGGACAAGAUGCCGCUGAUGGAGAUCAUCACUACAGAUGAGACAUCUAAAGACACUUUGGCCUCAGCUGUCACUUUGGGCCUCAAACAGGGCAAGGUACCCAUCAUUGUCAAGGAUAGUCCAGGCUUUUACGUCAAUCGCUGCUUCUACCUCUUGCUUUCAGAAGCCGCAGUCCUUUUAACGGAGGGAGUGGGGAUAAAAGGACUUGACAGUUUUACAACGAGCUUCGGUUAUCCUGUGGGCCUGACGGUGCUGAGUGAUGAAGUUGGAGCUGAUCUGGUGGUAAACUUGAUAAAGCCUUUGAACGAAGCCCACGGCUAUCGUGUUAAAGGAGGAGACAUCGGCCUAAUGCUGGCAAAGGAUAUGGUGGCGAGUGGCUUCUUAGGUCGGAAAACAGGAAAAGGCUUCUAUAUCUAUGAAGAUGGAAAGAAAGAGAGGCGUGUGAAUCCUGAAGCUGAAAAAAUCGUGAAUAAAUACAAAGUGGCGGAUAAAGUUGUUUCAGUCUCUGACGGCCAGUACCGGAUGAUGUCUCUCAUGUUAAAUGAAGCAGUUCUUUGUCUCCAGGAGGGAAUACUGAGCAGCCCAGUAGAGGGAGACAUUGGAGCCGUGUUUGGUAGCGGCUUCCCUCCCAACCUUGGUGGUCCGUUCAGGUUUAUAGACACAUUCGGUGCAGAGCGUCUUGUGGGCAUCAUGAGGCGUUUUGAGGAUGUUUUCGGCAGCCGAUUCGCACCCUGCCAGCUGCUACUAGACCACGCCAAAGACCCCAGCAAGAAGUUUCACAAAUAAUCCAAUUCCCACAUUUGUAAAACUAUUCCUAUUUUUAAUGUAUUUUUAUGAAGCAUGACAAUUUGAUGACAUUGUGUGUCUGGUUUAAGCCACAGCUGUCUCAGUGCAGACGCUGCUGGCAAAAAGGAUGCAACUUGACUAGAUGAGAGAGUGCACUGAAGGAGUGCACUGUGGUUUUGUCUCUUUUUGUCAUUUAUUUUGUAUUUAAGUCCUUUUGUACAUACUGAUAGUUAUUUAUUAUGAUGGCUGUCAAUAAGUCAAAUGAAGACACUGCGUGGAGUCACACUUUGAUACUGUGAGGUGGACUUGUUGAGACUAUUAAAUGUUCGCGUUAAAUCAUCUGAUUCAGUUAAGAGUUCAUUGUGGGUAACUACACUACCCAUGAGCUUUAGCAAGUUCUUACCAAGCAGCAACAUCCGAGGCUGAAAAAGGAAGCCAAGCAAGGAGUUUCAAAAGAGGAGAAUUUGCAGUUUUGCAUUACAUCACACUGUUGGGGUACAGCACAUGUGCAGUGAAAUCUGGUCUGCAGUUGCCGAAAGGCUCAAAAGCUAGCACACUAGCGUAGAACAAAAGUCUGUAAUAGAAGACCGUAAACACAUGCUUUCUAUAUGCAAAUGUUCCACUGUAUAUCCACCACUAUAAGUGUGGGUGUACACAAAAGUUUUGUCAGGCUGAGCGCACCUAAGGAGGAUAAAAAUAGCGCACCAAAACAGCACAUGACUGGACAACAUCGCAGAUCCAGGUACAUCGUGCAUGUGUAUCACCUCAAGCUCUCAUGGGAUCAAAAAGUAUUUCCCAGCCUCCUUUGAAAAGACUUGAAGCAGAAGUGCCAAAAACUGCAGUUCUUUGAACAGCCACUUGAGGCCGGCUUCAGCAGCGAGUCAGUCCUCAUAGCCAGUCAUGUUCAAAUGCCCUACUUUA